CAAAGAGACUUUUUGCUUCAUCUCAAACGGUCUUCACUUCCCAAUCAUGACCUAGAAAAACAUUGACAGCCUUAUUGUGGACUAUGCCGCACCCUAACAAAAUUUUGUCAAACUCCUGGUAGCAGAGGUGAAGUGUACACGUCCUACACUUCCCUACAUAUUCGCCAUCGCAAAGCCUGAUUUGCCUGGUCGGCAAUGACGUUGUAAAUGGCUGCAUUUGUACGUCCAAGCCCUCGCCAGUCCACAACCACUCUCCCCUCCAACCGACCAGCAUGACUGAUUAUUAUGUUUGCGCACACAGGAAACUCCAUGGAUGAUGGCCUCUACUCUGACCUCAAGUAGAAGAGAGGAUGAUGGUUCAAGUGUCCACAGUCACGAUCCUAAUCCUCUGACGGUAGCUUCGUUUUCGCCAGUCACCCUUUCCCACGUCUCUUCUGCGAAUAAACAGCGCUCAACUAUUCUAGUGCAUCAGAAAUCCCCGCUUUUGAUCGCGACUCCACCACAGAUUACAAGGGCUUUGGCUUAUUCGCACCCCUUUCUUUUACCGCUGAAUAAAUUGGUGGGGUUGUUAACGUGGACAACGGAUGAUCCUUGGGAGAGCUUCUUGCUCGUAGCGGGGUUCUGGGCCGUGGUCCUCUAUGGAGACACUUUGAUGCGAUAUGCGGGACCAGUGGUAGUUGUGAUAGGAUUGAUCUUGGGAAUGUACAGUCGGAGAUACUCCCCGCUAUCAUCAACAGGAGUGACGGGAGAGAAACUGAAGAAGGGACAUAAGAGGGAAGCUUCGGAGGCAACGAAUACCAAACACCAGAAAACUCUAGACGAGAUUGUGGAAACGCUAAAGAUAUUCACAUCGAGAUGCAAUGUUCUUCUAGAUCCAUUGCUUGAGCUCACCGAUUUUCUCUCUACCCAAAGAACCGCGACUUCCGCCACCACGAGACCUGCUCUUACCACACUGUUACUACGAAUUCUUCUUGUAACGCCAUUAUGGAUUGUUCUUACUCUUCGGCCAAUACAUAUCAUUACAACGAAGAGAGUUGUUUUGGUUUCCGGCACUUUGUUUUUAACAUGGCACUCUAGACCAACUCGAGUUUCCAGAACGAUUUUAUGGAGAUCAGCUCUUGUACGACUAUUUUGUACUGUAAUAACUGGCCUUCAUUUCGCAGAAGUCCUUCCCACCCCCUCAGAAAAUGAAGAGAAACCCAAGUUGCCUCCCAGACGACCUACUUCUGCCUACCAAGAAAAGGCUCAGCUGGCAGCUACAGCCGCCGCGAAAAGGAGACCAGAUGCCCCUGGAGUCAAAUUUACUUUCAUAUUAUAUGAGAAUCAAAGGAGGUGGCUUGGACUUGGUUGGACCUCAUCACUAUUCGGCUAUGAACGAGCAUCAUGGACAGAUGAGCACCUCAAUGCAGCACCAGCAAGGGAAGAUUUUGAAUUACCCGACGUUGAAGAAGGAGCAGCAAGAUGGAGAUGGGUGGAUAAGAGCGAGUGGCUUGUUGAAGGCGCUGGCGAGAAGGAUGAAGGGGGUACCAAAGCAAAUGAUGAUGCCAGUAAUGGUGGGACUGGGUGGAUUUAUUACGACAACAAGGUACGAUUUCCAAUAAUAACAACAUAUAGCAAAACCUAACAUGAGCUUAGUGGCAAAAUGGACGAAGAGGAGUCGAUGGCUGGGGAAAAUAUACCCGUCGUCGAAAAUGGUAUCGUGACGCCGAACUCGUCGAAGUAUCCCCCAGCACAGAAAUCACCCCUUCCCCAACACCAACUAGCAUGAGUCCCACACGAACCAACACAAACCAUGAAACAACCACCACCUCAACAACAGUAAGCCCCGUACUCUUCUCUACAUCUACAUCUACAACCAGUGAACCACCACUGGACUAUGCCGAGAAAGAAAGCCUAAGAUCUGAUAAUUCAAGUACAAAAAGUAAUUCCAAGAAUCUAACCCCAGGGGCCUUGCGGAGACGGGGGACUGGAAGUACGACAACAAGGGGAAGUCGGAGGAGCAGUACUAGUUUCGGGACGGGUGAUGAUGAUAGACCUCAUACACUUACUGAGGCGGAUUGGGGAAUUGGUGAUGAUGCGAGGAUGGGACUUGAGUGAACCUUUUUUCUGAUGGCGUAUGGAAUGGCGUAUUAUGGUUUGGCAUACAUAGGCAUUGGGCACAUUGUCUGGCGAUAAGAUGUAUAAGAAUUGAGUAAUUAAC